UACCGGUAGUAGCAAGGGUGACAUUUGGAACAGGAACAGGACGAAAACGAAGGCAUGGUUGUCCAUAUGUUGUGACACUCUAUGCCCCUUUAGUUUGUAUGUGUAAUUUUUUUAAAUAUAUUUUUGUGUAAGUGUAUAUAAUAAAGAGCGCAAUGGCGGCGUGGAGCUGUCGGUUUCUUCUUCAGCGGGGACCUCGACUCAUUUCUCCCCGAGCAGCAGCUGAAAGUCCUGCAUAUUUGGUAGGUUGGAUUAGGACAGUAAAGACCACAACAUGGUUUGAUGAACACCUCACAGAGGACAACCAGGAGUACAUGAGGAAGAGUAUGGCAGAGGAAUACAGGAGACAAACAGCUGAUAAGCUCAACCCGCUCAAAGAUGAGCCCUGGCAGCGUCCUGAGUGGGCAGAGGGUAGCCGAAGAGUUGGGUUAGUAGCCGUGAAGUUGGGGAUGGCUCCUAUCUGGACAAAAACGGGAGAAAGACAUGUAGUCACCAUGUUACAGGUGCAGGACUGUCAUGUCGUAAAGCACCUGUCCAAGGAAGAAAAUGACGGACACACCGCCGCCCUUGUGGUAGGAGGGAAAAAUGUAUCACCAUUCCAUAGGUCUGAAGAGGAAAUGGAGAUGUUCAGGAAUGCAGGGGUGCCUCCGAAACAGAAAGUCACCACCUUUAAAGUCUCAGACAAUGCUGUCAUCAAGCCAGGCACUCCUUUGUAUGCAGCACAUUUCCGUCCAGGCCAAUAUGUGGACGUCACAGCCAAAUCCAUUGGUAAGGGUUUUCAAGGCGUAAUGAAGCGAUGGGGGUUCAAAGGUCAGCCAGCCACCCACGGCCAAACCAAAACUCAUCGCAGACCAGGAGCUUCUGGACCUGGAGGGGAUCCAGCCAAAGUUUUCAAAGGGAAAAAGAUGCCCGGCAUGAUGGGCAACAUCUACAUCACAGCUUAUGGACUGAAGAUAUGGAGGGUCAAUACCAAAUAUAAUGUGCUGUAUGUUAACGGCUCUGUCCCCGGCCACAGGAACUGCGUGUUGAAGGUAAGAGAUACUGUACUGCCAACCAGGAGCUCCACCCUGCGCAGCCCUCCUUUCCCUACCUAUUUCACAGAAGAGGAGGGCGACCUGGAUGAAGACCUGUAUGACGAUAACUUGUUCAUUCAAACAGACCCAUCAUUAACACUGACCUGACCACACACACACACUUCAUGUUUUCAUCUAAACCCUCAAACAAUGUCUGGAUCCUGUAAUAAAGAGUAAUUCAUUUGAAUGUCUUAA